UUUUACAGUUCAUCCAGCCCUCACUGGUUUUUAGGAUGGGGGGAAACGUCUAAAAACUUAAAAUUCACCAAUGUUUGUACUCAGUUUUCAAAUGUAGAAGGGUUUUAGGGAGGGGAGAAGAAUGAAGUCACAUCGAUAUCGGGUUAUCCUACGUAUCGAUGCUGCAAGUGGCUAACGCGCUUAUCAAGCUCUCAUCACUUGUCAUUCUCCUUUUUGUUUCCGCAUCCGGAAAAGUCGGUCCGGUGCCGCGAACUGAAUUAAAUUGAAUUGAAUUUAAUUAAAUUGAAGUUAAGUGAAGUGAAGUUAAGAAAGUGAUUUACCAGCGAUGAAGUAUAUUAGCAAGCGCCAAAGAAAGCGACAGGGCUUGCCGCAAGCGGUAAUUGAUCAAGACAGCGGUGCAAAAGGCCAGAAGAAAAAAAACAAGCGGCUUCCAAAGAAAGCCAAAAUAAAGCGAAGCCACAACAACCCGGCAAAACUUUUGGACAGAACGAAUAAAUUUCAAUACCAGUCCAGUUCGUAUUCGUAUGCAUCGGCCGAACAACGCCAGCGUGUCCAGGGCCCAUUGCUACCGUCACCGGAUAGUUCCCAGUCCGAGGGCAGCGUGACCAGUAGCCAGGAGAGCAGUGCCACAAGCACCAGCACCAGCACCAGCACCAGCGGGGGCGAUCUGGAGUUGGAGAGCUCGCAGCGCCGCAAGGGACACUAUACCCACUCCGGCCAGUCCCUAACCCUUGCCAGCUUCAUUGAUCCGGAGCUGCUCAUGCGGACAAGCGCGGGCAAGUUCUCGAAAUUCCCGGGGAAGUCAUUAAUGGCUUUGCCAUUACCGCCAAUAGUAUCAACUUUACGGAAACCGCCACCGACUCUACCACUACCCAUGACAACAGCUUUACCAUCAGCUUUACCAAUACCCAAACCAUUGCCAUCUCCGCCGCCGAAGCAGCUGCCCAUGUUGCCAACGGCCAGCUUCGCCGAGUGGUACAAGUCCGGUCAGUGGGUCUCGUUUGUGAAUGAUUUACCCGAGGAUCCUGAUGAUAUCUCAUGGAUCUCUAGUCAGACAGCCAUGCCGCGCAUAUCGGUUCUGUGCCACGAACCCGAUUUCGGGCCACUAAUGACCCCAAAUAAGGGGGAUGGCGUUCCGCCGCCAGAAUUCUGGAGGAACCCGCUUAGCCUGGCCGUAUCAGGCUUGGAUAUACCCGAUAAGGAGUUCUUCGAGUGCCUCAAACUGAAACCCAUUGGCUACGAGAUGCUGCUGGCCAGAAAGCAGAAGAGGGCCCAGAAGUCAGUCGAGGAGCAGGUCAUGGAGCUUGUCAAGUGGGUGGAGAGUACCCAGUAUAUUUGGCAAGUGAUGCCCGAGAAGCCAAUGACUUGGUGCUUGCAGCGACAGCAUCUCCAAAGACCACCGAACUGUGGCAUUUACAUGCCAAAGCAGCAUCUGCAACGCAAGCAGCAAUACCGUCAGCAACAUCAGCAACAUCAGCAACAUCAGCAACAUCAGCAACAUCAGCAACAUCAGCAACAUCAUCAGCAUCAUCAGUAUCAACAGAAGAGAUAUCAACAGCAACACAAGAAAUAUCAAUACAAGCAGCAGCACAAGGUGCCAAACAAUCUUUUCAAUCUGAGCGUCCACGACAACUGGGGUGCAGCAGGUGCAGCAGCCGUUAACAUGUAUCCACAGCCAAUGGUCACCUGGCCACCGUACUCGCAGCAGAGGAUCCACAAUUCAAACAAGGCGGGAUCGGGAUCGGGAUCGGGAUUCCAUGGAAAUCAGCGACAGCAAAAAAGCCGUAAUUUCAUUAACAACUGGUGGGACAAUCCCUUCUACGUGAACUGUGUCGCCCAGAUGGAGCCCUUCCCGGUGGACCUCAUGCCGGAGGAGCUGCACGCAGCGCAAAUGUACGCCAUGCAAGGCGUACAUUUCUAUGAGAUGCCGAUGCCCAUGGACACGGUCUACUAUGGUGCCCCACCGCCCUAUGUGCCCUACCAGCAGGCUGUUGGGCCAUUCCAACCCUCGAUGGUCCCUCAGAUGGGGGGACCACCACCUGGGUUCUAUCCAAACCGCCAGUCAGGACGAAUGCCAGAUGCAGGACCGCAAGAAGGAUAUUACUCAGGAGGAGCAUGCGGCACAAGCAAGGCAAGUGCUGGUGCUACAGGUUCAAAAAUUUGGAAACCAAAAGGCAACGGGAGCACCGCUGAUGACUAGUGGUGACAGUGGUGCCAGUGGUGCCAGUGGUGCCAGUGGCUCCAGUGAUAACCUCACGGACCUCGAUGUCAUCAAUUUUAACUCUACAAACUUCCCACCGCUUCCCGUGCCUCCGAAAAAGCGCACAAACUAAACCCUGAUAACUGGACACUAUAUUCAACAUAAUCAUUAAUUAUCACAUAAAUAUCACAUAAAUUAUCACAUAAAUUAUCAUCCCAUUUUUUUUUUAACACGCAUGAA